ACAGCCAAUCAGCUCGCCUUCUUGCUACGUUAGCACGUCUCUGGCAAAAACAACAGCUCGAGCCUCAAUUUGUGUCCAGUUUCGUUAAACGACUAUCGGUUAAACGGAGCUCGGGAAAUGUGGAACUAACCACAGCUUUUAUUUCUGGUGGGCGCUGUAUCUAUUUGGAUUUCUGUCUAGUCUCACGUCGGGGCUAAUUUGAUGUGCUGACGCGCUGUUAGCCGCCAGCUAACUGUAGCGAACACCAGCGAUCCAACAGAAAAAGAUGGGGUCCAUCCUGAGCCGCAGGAUUGCUGGAGUGGAGGACAUCGAUAUCCAGGCCAACUCUGCCUAUCGAUUUCCUCCGAAAUCUGGGAAUUACUUUGCCAGCCAUUUCUUUAUGGGAGGAGAGAAGUUUGACACGCCACAUCCAGAGGGAUACCUCUUUGGGGAAAACAUGGACCUGAAUUUUCUUGGAAACAGACCUGUGCAGUUCCCGUAUGUGACACCUGCACCCCACGAACCCGUGAAAACCCUCAGGAGCCUGGUUAACAUCAGAAAGGACUCUUUGCGUUUAGUCAGGUAUAAAGAUGACUCUGACACCUCAGGGGAGGAGGGUGUAAAACCGAAGGUUCAGUACAGUGUGGAGUUUACCUUUGACGCUGACGCUCGGGUAGCCAUCACCCUCUACUGCCAAGCGUUUGAGGAAUUCUCCAAUGGGAUGGCCGUGUACAGCCCAAAAGAUCCCACCAUGGUCUCUGAAACUGUGCAUUACAAGAGAGGAGUGAGCCAGCAGUUCUCCAUGCCAUCAUUUAAAAUCGAUUUCAGCGAGUGGAAAGAGGAGGAUCUGAAUUUUGACCUGGACCGAGGAGUGUUCCCCAUGGUCAUCCAAGCUGUGGUUGACGAAGGAGACGAUUGUCUUGGACACGCUCACAUACUUUUGGCAGCAUUUGAAAGACAUGUUGAUGGCAGUUUCUCCGUUAAACCACUGAAGCAAAAGCAAAUAGUGGAUCGUGUGAGCUACCUCUUACAGGAAAUCUAUGGGAUCGAGAACAAAAACAACCAAGAAACUAAGCCUUCUGAUGAUGAGAACAGUGACAACAGCAACGAGUGUGUGGUCUGUCUGUCCGACCUGCGGGACACACUCAUCCUGCCCUGCAGACAUCUGUGCCUCUGCAACUCCUGUGCAGACACCCUCCGUUACCAGGCCAACAACUGUCCCAUCUGCAGGCUGCCCUUUAGAGCCCUGCUGCAGAUCAGAGCGGUGAGGAAAAAGCCCGGAGCUCUGUCCCCUGUCUCCUUCAGCCCAGUUCUCGCUCAAACCAUGGACCACGAUGAGCACUCGAGCACAGACUCGGUCCCUCCUGGUUUUGAGCCCAUCUCGCUGCUGGAGGCUCUGAACGGUCUGUGCUCGGUGUCUCCUCCCAUCCCGUCUGCCCCACUUUAUGAUGAAAUCAAUUUCUCGGGGGGUCUGGGUGGGGACAACCGACAGCUGAGCUCACCAGAGCAUUUAAGUGAUGGAAGCCUGCAGAAAGGAAAAGUCAGCAAGUCACCCGACAGCACCCUCAGAUCGCCGUCCUCUCCCAUCCAGGAGGAAGAUGAGGAGAAGCUUUCUGAGAUGUCAGACGCUCAGCCACACACACGUCUCUCCAGCAGCCCCGCCCCCACAGACGCCACAGCAGUCGAAGACGUGGCCGAGUCUCUUUCUCCAGAUGAUGAGGACAGGAUGCAUUCUGGAGGAGACAUCGUGCAGGACUGCAGCAGCGAACGCUGCAGCUUGACCAAAACAGAAAGCGACCCUGCGGGUGAUCUUUCUCUGCCUGCUCUAGGUCCUGAUUCCUGCUCUAUUGGUGUGGAGGAGUAACUGUGGUUCUUCAGAGUCGAUAGAAAGUCUAAAAAGUCAGAGCACAAACUGCUCCAGCCAUCCUCUCCUGUGUCCCACAAGCAGCCUUCAUUUGGAAGAUGAACACUUCAGCCCCUGACUCGGCUCCGCUCUCCAAAGAUCACCCUGUCUGCGUUCCUCUCCCAUGCCAGCUCCCUCCUCCUGCUCUGUCUAAACUUCUGUUUGUGAGAUCACAAGAGCAGAAAGUAGACUUCAAAGCAAGCUGACGUGGAUGAGGAAGAACUCUUGUUUAAUCGUUACAGAAAGGCUUUUGAAGGAAAACCUCUUUCCCCUCUUGAGCUUUGGAAACAUUUCAUUAACGCAUCGGUUUUGCUUGAUGACCAGAUUAGUGGUUUUGUGAUGUAGGGUCCAGAGAUUUUUCACCACCUGUAUUGGUGGAACCUUUAAGCACACUUGGUCUGAUUUAACCACGUUGACACUAAACUUAAAGCUGGUUUCUUUUACUUUUACGGUCUUGACAACGUUGCGUCUGUGUGCGUUUUAGGUUGUCUUGCACUCCAACAAAACCGUUUUAUCAUUCCUUCCUUUUAGCAGGCAAAUAUGAGAUGAUUUGAACUCGUCUUUUGUCCUAAACAUUAGCAUGUUUGUUUUAAUAUUUCCUAUUAUAUUGAAUAUAACUACAGUAAUUCUGUGUAGAUACUUUAAUACCUGUAAACUUCCAUAUUCUAUCUGUAUAUGUAUAAACUCUGACAUUGGAGUCGUGAAGCUAGAUUCUCUUAACUUGCACAUUUAUUUAAAUCUUUGAUAAUAAAAUCUACAGACUCAUCCUAACAGCUGAAUUCAAAGAUAAUGAACACAGACGCUCCAUCUGCAGUAGGUGGAUUUAGUAUUUGGCUCCGUAAGCGUGCUUGUCAUCGAUGUGACUGGUCUUUGUACGGUCUUUGUCGUGGCAAUGCGAGUGUUUGCUUAUGAUGUCGCUGCAAAAACAAAAAGGUCCCAUUUUUGUGUGACGGCAGCGGCGGCAGCUUUACCUACCUUGGUCCUGUGUGUGUAGCAUCAUGCAUAUAGAUCUCUGUGCCUUCAGUUAGCUGCCUGCUUAAAUGCUAAAACCGUUUCAGCCCACUGACAGGACUUGUUAUGCUGAUGUACAGAGCAUUUUUAUUUGAAUGCAAACUUCAUGCUACCAGGAAAGAAGUCGUCAUUAAGCAGCUUUUCUUUCAGCUGUUUAUUUACUUUAUCCUGGUCAGGUAUCAGUUAUACAUUCAUUUAUCGGUGAAAUCGUGUUACCAAAACAAUACAUUCAGUGAAAACGGUGCAAAACUGGGAAUGCUUUUGCAUGUGAACUUUAGACUUUCACUUGUUUGUCUUUCUCCUCUUCUGUGCCGUUUCACGUUGACACUGUGCCUUCCUGUUCUGACCACCAUUUGACCUGGUAUCCAGGAUGACCCUGCAGUAGGUGGUUUCUUUGGCUCUCGGUUAAAUCAGUUCCUGUCUGUGUGUGUGUGUAGCAGCAUGUGUAAAACAAUAAAAAACAAAGAUUCUGUACCAGAA